UUCAGCCUCCAAUUAGGACUAAUACCGGCUUCGUGGCGGCUACUGAGGAGGAGUCUGAACCACCUCUCACGUCCCAGAGCCCGCAUCCCCCUCCUGCCUCCGCGCACCCCUUCCCCAAUCCAUGACCAAGGAAAGAGAAGCGAGCCGGGGCGCGCUCUGCUCCCCUCCGCCGGCGGGAGGCCGGGGGGCCGGCGGAGCUGCUCAGCUGCUGCACGGUGGGCAUGAGUGCCAUUAAGAGGGGAGCGCCUCCGCACCCUCCGCCGCCCGCGGGGACUGAAGAGGCCUGAAGGAGUUUGUCCCGCGCUCCUGCUCCUCCCGGAGGCUCGGGGCCGCGCCAGACGCCCGGGACUGGAGAGCCGACCGUCGGGGAUUAUGAUGUCGACUUUCCGAGAACCCGGGUACGAGGCGCCGAACCGGAGAAAAGGCUGGCUCCUCAGGAGCCCCGCAGGCAUUUGAGACUUCGAGGAUUGCCCCGAUUGCGUGGAUCAGCCACUUUCGUGUCCCCGAAUCCCACGUUUUUAAAGAGAAUACCUUUACGUUCGAGGCUUUGGUCAUUUGCUACCAUCGAUACGCUGAAGCAAAGACUUCCGUCUCUUCGUUCAAAGUAUGCUUUGUAUUUUUGCCAAAUAUGAUCUCUAAUUGAAAGCUUAUUUUUGCUUUUGGAUGAAUCUGUGGAGCUUAUGCGGUAAGAAGAAAGGGGGAACGAGACACAAUGAAAGAGAAGUCCAAAAAUGCUGCCCGGACUAGGAGAGAGAAGGAGAACAGUGAGUUUUAUGAACUGGCUAAAUUGCUGCCUCUGCCCUCGGCUAUCACCUCGCAGCUGGACAAAGCAUCCAUCAUCAGGCUCACCACCAGCUACCUCAAAAUGAGAGUAGUGUUCCCAGAAGGGCUCGGCGAGGCAUGGGGCCACUCGAGCCGGACCAGCCCCCUGGACAACGUGGGCCGCGAGCUGGGGUCCCACCUGCUCCAGACCCUGGAUGGCUUCAUCUUUGUGGUGGCCCCAGAUGGGAAGAUCAUGUACAUCUCGGAAACAGCCUCAGUGCACCUGGGCCUUUCUCAGGUAGAGCUGACCGGGAACAGCAUUUACGAGUACAUCCACCCGGCCGACCACGACGAGAUGACGGCGGUGCUCACGGCCCAUCAGCCGUACCACUCUCACUUCGUCCAGGAGUACGAGAUCGAGCGCUCCUUCUUCCUGCGGAUGAAGUGCGUCUUGGCCAAAAGGAACGCGGGCCUCACCUGCGGCGGGUACAAGGUCAUCCACUGCAGCGGGUACCUGAAGAUCCGCCAGUACAGCCUGGACAUGUCGCCUUUUGACGGCUGCUACCAGAACGUGGGCCUGGUGGCCGUGGGCCACUCGCUGCCGCCCAGCGCCGUCACCGAGAUCAAGCUGCACAGCAACAUGUUCAUGUUUCGCGCCAGCCUGGACAUGAAGCUCAUCUUCCUGGACGCCAGGGUAGCCGAACUGACGGGGUACGAACCUCAGGACCUGAUCGAGAAGACCCUGUACCACCACGUGCACGGCUGUGACACCUUCCACCUGCGCUGCGCCCACCACCUGCUGCUGGUGAAGGGACAGGUGACCACCAAGUACUACAGGUUCCUGGCGAAGCACGGCGGCUGGGUCUGGGUGCAGAGCUACGCGACCAUCGUGCACAACAGCCGCUCCUCCAGGCCGCACUGUAUCGUCAGCGUCAACUACGUCCUCACGGACACGGAAUACAAAGGGCUGCAGCUCUCCCUGGAUCAGAUCUCAGCCACCAAACCAGCCUUUUCCUACACCACCAGCUCCACUCCUACCAUGACGGACAACAGAAAGGGGGCAAAGUCCAGGCUUGCCAGCUCCAAGUCAAAAUCCAGAGCUUCCCCCUACCCUCAGUACGCGGGCUUCCCCACGGAGAGAGCGGAGUCGGACGCUGAGAGCCAGUGGGGCGGCAGCCCGCUGCCCGACGCCGCGUCGCCGCCGCUGCUGCUGGACGCCGCCGAGCCGGGCGCCCCGCCCGAGGCCGCGUGCGCCUACCGGCCGCUCUGCUACGGCCUCGCGCCCGGGGAGCGGCCCCCGCCCCCGCAGGCCUGCGCGCGCGGCCGCUGCGAGGCGGGCCGGUACUUCCUGGGCGCGCCGCCGGCCGGCAGGGAGCCGUGGUGGGGCCCCCGCGCGGCGCCGCCCGCGCCCAAGGCGUCCCCGGAGAGCAGAGCAGCCUACGAGGGCGGCGCGCCCCUCCUCGCCGCGGCCCGCGGGAUGCACGGGCGAGGUCACUGGGAUGAAGACAGUGUGGUCAGCUCUCCAGACCCCGGGUCUGCCAGCGAAUCAGGCGACCGCUAUCGCACUGAGCAGUAUCAAAGUAGCCCACACGAACCGAGCAAAAUUGAAACUCUGAUAAGAGCCACCCAGCAGAUGAUUAAAGAAGAAGAGAACAGAUUGCAGCUAAGGAAAGCCCCCCAAGAUCAAUUGGCUUCCAUCAAUGGAGCUGGGAAAAAACACUCCCUCUGUUUUGCCAACUACCAGCAGCCCCCACCGACGGGCGAAGCCUGCCACGUCUCUGUCGUUGCCAACAGCUCCCCGUGUGACCGCAUCCAGCCCAGGGAGGGCAAGAUGCUGAGCCCCCACGAGAACGAUUACGACAACAGCCCCACUGCGCUGUCUCGGAUAAGCAGUCCCAGUUCGGAUCGCAUUUCAAAAUCGAGUUUGAUCCUAGCGAAAGACUAUCUACAUUCUGAGAUAUCUCCUCACCAGACAGCAGGAGACCAUCCUGCCAUCUCUCCAAACUGCUUCAGCUCUCACCGGCAGUAUUUUGAUAAGCAUGCUUACACGUUAACUGGAUAUGCCCUGGAGCACUUCUACGACAGUGAAGCCAUGAGGAACUAUUCGUUGGGCUGUAAUGGCUCACACUUUGAUGUAACUUCCCACCUGAGGAUGCAGCCAGACCCGGCACAAGGACACAAGGGAACGUCUGUUAUAAUCACCAAUGGAAGCUGAUGGUUUUCUAAAAUAGUUUGUUCGUUAAAGAUCUCUGAAACAUAUUUAUAGUUUAAUGCCCCAUUGCCAGCAUUUACUAUACCACAGAUUAUGGGAGAGGAUAAUUUAAGUUACUGGGUAUUUGAUGCACGUGUUCCUGUGAAAUCACACCAAUUAGCACUAGCAUUCAGGGUAUUACACAGGUAAUGGAGCGGAAGUGAAUGCACAGAUUGCCCCUCAAGUGAGAUGGAAACCAGCAUAGGUAAAUGUGGAAUUGAAAAAUACUCGUAUAGAUUAAAUGAGCAGAGACACCACAUGAAAAGAUGGAUGGAUGACCAGCUUGCAGGGAUGAUCCAGUGAGCCUCACACACACCACCCCUGCUUAAAUAUCCACAAACGGCUGUCCAUACUUUACAUGCUGAAAUACAGACUAUAUGGCAUAAAUACACCCCAAAUGGAUAACGUGCCUUACCCUAGCAAUUCAAAGAAAUUUCCAUUCCCAAAAUAACUUAGAAAGACAGAGAUAUGUCUUGUAAAUUGGUUUCUUCUUUGUGGUUUCAACCAGUCAGUUCAUUUGGUUUCAGGCAUGACUUAGGGAAAUGUUUCUGGAUACGGUACAAGAAUGAGUUUUCACCUGGUAUCCAUUAUAAGCAGUCAGAAAGUGGUGGUUUUUCACCUUACUUUUGAGUUACACAAGGAACGGGAUCACCCUGACAUAGCAGUAAAGGUUUUCUAAGCAAAAGCACUGAGGUGUUGGGACACACAUCAAAAACCUGGUGUGGCCAACUGGAAAUAGUUUAGUGAAGAUGGAAAGACCAGAACAGGGAGAAAUGAGAUGACAUCUCAAAGCAAACAAUUUAAGGCUCAGAAUAUGUACUAAGUAUACUGGGGGCUUAUGAAACAAACUAAACAAAAUAUUUCAAUGAAUUCACCAUGAAAAAUGGUUGAUCAGUGCAAAA